AUGAAGAAGCUGGGCAUUGACAAGGCAACCGCGCUGCAGCUUCUGAAGGAUGCCGACUUGGACGCCGAUGAGAAGUUGAGUCCCGAGGAGUACCAGGGCCUCGAAGGCACCGCCAAGAAGCUGAAAGGGCAGCAGCGGUUGUUCCAGGACAACGACGCCAAGGUCCAACAGAGGUUCAGCAAGGCGGACACGGACGACAGCGGCUUCAUCGAUAGCAAAACGGAGUUCAACAACUUGAUCCAGAGGGGCAUGAAGAAGUUGGGCAUUGACAAGGCAACCGCGCUGCAGCUUCUGAAGGAUGCCGACUUGGACGCCGAUGAGAAGCUUAGUCCCGAGGAGUACCAGGGCCUCGAAGGUACCACCAAGAAGCUGAAAGGGCAGCAGCGGUUGCUCCAGGACGACGACGCGAAGGCCCAACAGAGGUUCAGCAAAGCGGACAUGGACGACAGCGGCUCCAUCGAUAACAAAGUGGAGUUCAAGUAA